AGGGAAAAACAACCCGGCAGCAGCGAUUGAAUUUUGAAUCACUUAAUUUUAAUCUUCAUAGAGAGAACGAAGUUUUGCUCCGUCCAUGCCUCUCGUGAACACCUGAUAAAUUGGUAAUAGUACUAUGGCAAGAGAAGCUAAUACCCUUUUCCUUGAAGAAUGGCUGAGAAACAGCAGUGCUAGUAGUAGUAACGUCACCUCUGCACAUUCUUCUUUUUCUUCAUCUUCAUCAUCAUCGGCACGAGCCAUUAUUCAAGCAUGGACUGACCUUAGAGACUCCAUACAAAACCAAAGAUUUCAACCCCACCACCUUCAAGCUUUGAAAGCCCUUCUCAAGUCUCAGGCAUCCCUUCAUGUUGCUGACCCCCAGGCUAAGCUUCUCCUAUCCAUUCUCUCCUCUCGAAACCUUGACUUGCCUGCUGAGUCAUAUCCUCUCUUGUUCAAGCUUCUUUAUAUCUGGAUCAGGAAAUCCUUCAAACCGUCAUUAGUACUAAUUGAUUUAGCUGUAGAAGUCCUCUCUAACAUUUUUGGUACUGAAUUUGGUGCUAAGAAAAGCCCUUUUUUUUACGCUGAUGGUCUUCUGCUCUUGGGGGCCUUUUCCUUUGCACCUUCUGUGGCCGAAAAGUCAAAAAUAGUCUGCCUGGAAUUGUUUUGUGGGCUAAUUAAAGAAGAUUACCAAUUAGCUAACUCAUUUGAAGAAGUUAUUUCUGAUCUGCUGGCAGGCAUAGGUUAUGCUCUAUCUUCGUCUGUGAAAGUUCAUUUUGUUAGAAUUUUAUAUUCUUUUUUUGGAAUUUGGGGGAAGGAAGAUGGACCUUGUGCCAGUGUUUCUCAUGGGCUAAUGAUUUUGCAUUUGUUUGAAUGGGUUAUAUCUGGCUUUAUCAAAUCAAAUUAUGUUGAGAAAAUUGAAGUUAUUUCCCAAGAGAUUUUUGAGAAUCCAAAGGCAAACUAUGUUCCAUUUGCUCUUCUCAUGACCGCGGCUGGGGCUAUAAGAGCUUGUAAUAGAUCUGUAUCAAGUGGUCAGAGACUGCAAAUCCUUUUCAAACUGAGGAUUUCUGCAGAAAAUAAGAUAGAAUCUAUAGCACAAUAUUUGACUUCAAAAGAGGGAGGGUUUUCUAGUUUUUUGCUACAGUGUCUUUCAUUAGGCUUGGCUCGAAGUGGUUCAGUUUCUUCCCGAGGUCCUCUAUUUCUAUGCCUUGCUUCAGCACUGUUAACAGAAAUUUUCCCGUUGCGGCAAUUCUAUAUAAGGCUUCUUGAGUACCCACAUGGCAGCUCUGGUCGACUAAGGUCUAAGGAGAUCAAAGAACAUCUAGAAAGUGUUCUUUUCAAGGAAGCAGGGGCUGUAGCUAGUGUUUUAUGUAAUCAGUAUGUCAUAGGAGAUGAAGAGAACAAGGGUAUGGUGGAGAAUCUUAUAUGGAAUUACUGUCAAGAUAUUUACUUGGGGCACAGGCAGGUUUCUUUGUUGCUUCGUGGUAGAGAGGAUGAGUUACUUGGUCAUUUGGAGAAAAUUGCUGAAUCUGCUUUCCUUAUGGUUGUAGUUUUUGCAUUGGCUGUUACAAAGCACAAACUGAAUCCGAAAUUCUCAAAAGAAGCACAAAUUGAGACAUCAGUGCGGAUAUUAGUUUCAUUUUCUUGUGUGGAGUAUUUCCGGCGUGUGCGUCUGCCAGAAUAUAUGGACACAAUACGAGGAGUUGUCGUGAGUGUUCAGGAGAAUGAGUCUGCUUGUGUCUCUUUUGUAGAAUCCAUGCCCUCUUACACUGACUUGACAAAUGGGCCAGACUUCUCCAUUCUGCAAAAGAUGGAAUACUUAUGGUCCAAGGAUGAGGUGCAAACUGCUCGCAUCCUAUUUUACCUGCGGGUUAUUCGAACUUGCAUGGAACGUGUAACUGCCCUUUCCUUUAGAAGGGUUAUAGCUCCUACUAUAUUCUUGUAUAUGGGACAUCCCAAUGAAAAAGUAGCUCAAGCCUCCCACUCUAUGUUUGUGGGAUUUAUAUCUUCAGGGAAGGAUUCUAACCAGGAUGAAAGAGUUUCACUGAAGGAGCAACUUGCUUUCUAUUACAUUCAGAGAUCUUUAGCGGGAUAUCCUGGUGCCACUCCUUUCAAAGGUAUGGCUUCUGGAGUUGCGGCCUUGGCUCGACAUCUUCCUGCUGGUUGUCCAGCCACAUUUUAUUGUAUCCACAGUCUUGUUGAAAAAGCUGAUAGGCUUUGCAGUGAGGUAUCUACUCACAAAGCUGAUAUAUGGAAGAACUGGCAAGGAGAGUCAGACCCUUGUAAGGAAAUCCUAGAGUUGCUUUUACGGCUUAUUUCUUUGGUGGAUAUACAGGUACUACCAAACUUGAUGAAGUUGUUGGCUCAGUUGAUAGUAAAGUUGCCAAAAGAUGGCCAGAAUUUGGUUCUCAACGAAUUACAUUCACUGGUUGCAGAAUCUGAUGAUGUUACACGCAAACCCACUUUAGUUUCAUGGCUGCAGUCUUUAUCUUAUGUAUGUUCUCAGGCUACCAGUGGAGGUGCAACCUCUACAGGAGUAGGAGGUGAAAAAACUUCUCUUCCUGCAUGGGCUGUGGACUCCUUGAAUGCGCGGCUUUAAGAUAUUAGGGUGCUAGUUUAGGUUAUCUUCUUCUCCCUGUUUUAAAAAGAUCCUUAAUUAUAUUGUACAGCUCGUACUCAGUUGCUUAAUAAAAUUUCCCGAAAUUUUGGGAAUGAUAACUAAAAA